AAGCACGUGUUGACGAGAGACGAGAGCCCACGCACGCAGCUAAGCCGUCGGCCCGAUAACCUCACUCACCUGCGCGACGAGGCUGCCCUGCAGCUCCUCCUGGCGGUCGCCCUUCUGCCCCUGGGCGGCCACGGCGGCCAGCGCCAACGCGUAAUCGCGGUCGCACUUGAGUUUGGCGGCCACGCACCGGCGCACGGUGUCGAGCAGGCGCAGCUCGGCGUCGUGGCGCGCCAACAGCGCCUCGGGAGCGGCGCGUGCCGCCGCCCCCGCGCCAACCCCGGUGGCGCGCGCCACCAUCGCGCCAACGCCGGCACGGACUCGCUCCGCAGCUCCGCGCACGUCUACCUCUCGCUUCGUUCGCUCGGUCGCUCGACUGGCGGGUGUUUUCGGAUCGCGCCGCCUCACCUGCACCGCGGCCCCGGCCGCACUGACGACCGCGUGCGGCCGUUCAACAGCAAUGCUUUACGGGGGGGUUUCAUUUUGAGACGAUCAAACGUCAAACUAGCAACCUUCACCAUAAAAGAAAGUGGAGAUAAUAAAGAAGAAAAAGAAGAAGAAGAAGAAGAAGAAAAGAAG